AGAAAAACGUCAUAGACUUCAAAAAUAGACAGAAUGCGCUCUCCAAUGUUGCCUUAUUUUGAAGGGUGUAACGGAUGUCUUCCUCUCUUAUGCUUGCUACCUUGACACCGUCAACGGGGCGCCUAGUGUUUAGAGCAGCUACGUUGAUGCAAACUUUCCCUCUGACUCUCAUGAUACUCGGCCAACAGCCGUUCUAGCUACAAGUCUCCCCGUCGUAGCUGUGAGCAUGGCGGACCGGGAGGAGCGCCGCUUCGCAGAGGUUUCCCGGGAGUCCGUCAAACUCAUGUCCGAGAGUGCAGGCGUGGAGCUGGGCGACGAUGUGGCCGCUCUGCUGGCCGAGGACGUGUGUUACCGGCUCAGAGAGGCAACGCAGAGCAGCUCUCAGUUCAUGAGACAUGCCAAGAGGAGGAAGCUGACGGUGGAGGACUUCAACAGAGCUCUGCGCUGGAGCAAAGUGGAGGCCAUAUGUGGCUACGGGGCCCAGGAUGCUCUCCCCUUCCGCUCGGCAAAAGAAGGGGAGCUUUUCUUUGUCGAGGACCGGGACAUCAACUUGGUCGAGUUGGCUCUGGCCACCAACAUCCCAAAGGGCUGCGCUGAGACCCUGGUGCGAGUGAACGUGUCUUACCUGGACGGGAAAGGCAACCUGGAGCCUCAGGGGACAGUUCCCACAGCAGUGCAGUCUCUGUCGGAGGACCUGCUGAAGUACUACCAGCAGAUCACUCGGGCCAUCCUGGGAGAGGACCCCCACCUCAUGAAGGUGGCUCUGCUAGACCUCCAGUCCAACUCCAAGAUCGCUGCCCUGUUGCCAUACUUUGUUUAUGUCAUCAGCGGGGUGAAGUCAGUGAGCCACGACCUGGAGCAGCUCAACAGGCUCUUGCACAUGGUGAAGAGCCUGGUCCAGAACCCCUACCUGUACCUGGGCUCGUACGUGCGCAGCCUGGUCUCCAGUGUCAUGUACUGCAUCCUGGAGCCGCUGGCCGCCUCCAUCAACCCGCUGAACGACCACUGGACCCUCCGGGACUAUGCGGCCCUGCUCCUCAGCCACAUCUUCUGGACUCACGGGGAUCUGGUGAGCGGUCUCUACCACCAGAUCCUGCUGUCCCUCCAGAAGGUUCUGUCCGACCCGGUGAGGCCGCUCUGCUCCCACUACGGAGCCGUGGUGGGGCUUCAUGCUCUGGGAUGGAAGGCUGUAGAGAGAGUGCUGUUUCCACACCUCCCCGCCUACUGGGCCAACCUCCAGGCCGUGCUGGACGACUACUCUGUUUCCAACGCCCAGGUCAAAGCAGACGGACACAAGGUCUACGGAGCCAUCCUGGUGGCAGUGGAGCGUCUGCUGAAGAUGAAGGCCCUGUCUCUGUGUCAGCCAGCAGAGGGGGGCUCCGGCGGUCCACCGGGCUCUGCUGUGGGUGCUAUGGGUUACAGGGUGAGUUCCCCCGGCCUCAGCCCCCCCCCAGAGCCCCUGUCGGAGGCAGUCCUGGGCAUCGCCAGCCACCUUCAGGCGGGCGGGGCCGGCUGUCCCUGGGAGGAGUGGAGCCCGGUCCCUCUCCCCGCCAUGUACUGUGAGCUGUACUCCUUCUUUGGAGACAGCCUGGCGGUCCGGUUCAGCACGGGGCCGGGGUUCGGCAGCUACCCUCCCUGCCCGUCGACGCAGCUCGGUGAUGCCAGGAAGGAACCCUGUGGCCCCGCCUCCAACCCCGACACCGCCCGGAAGAUGCCCCAGCUGACUGCCAACCUCAACAUCAGCCCAAGGCAAGAUGGGAGCCCUCGCACCGACCCCCCCCCCAGCCUGGCAGCGACCGGAGCAGGAAGGUCCCUGGCUCGCUCCUCUUCCUCUGCCUCCUCCUCCUCGGUGCAGCGCUCCAGAUCUUCCUCGUCACGUUCGGGCCAGCGUUCGGCCGGUCCAUCUCGAGACGUUUUCCCCAAAGCUCGCUUCACCUCCCCUCAGACGGGACUUCCUGUGUUCUCCUUCCUCAUCGGCGGGCGGCAAAUGGGCCGCCGUUGCCAAGGGCGCCGGCCUUUCCAAACCACUUUCGCCCCAACUCCGCCCAUUCCUGCCGUCCCGCCACGCGCCUACGCACACAAGCUGCCCGUCAUCGGCAGAGUGGGCAAACCUGUGCGCCGGUGGGCGUGUUCCCAUUACUCCCUUCACCUGCCUCUCUAGAGAAGACGCUCUCAGAACUGACCUACUACAAAGCCGGUUUGACUGCUACAGACUUCUACACACCCAUACUCCAUACCAAUAACCCAUCUUUUGU